AUUAAAACCCAUAAGAGGAAAUCGAGCUGACCAGUUGAGUGUUGACUCCUCCGGAAACUAUGUCGCCCCGAGGGACUGGCUUGGCCCUGUUGGUUGUUGCUCUGCUAGCAGCAGGCUGCACGGCAGCAGGGCUGCCUGGCAACCAAUUUGAAAUGUGCGUUACUUCAAGACGGAGAGUCGCAGACCUCUCCAAUCAAAAUCUAACAUCCUUUCCCUUAAAUCUGCCAGACACCACGGAAUACUUGGACGUCUCUCACAACCCCAUCCAAAGUAUCAGCGCAGACGCUUUCCCUUGGCUGCCUCUGUUGUGUUUUCUGAAGGCGACUCAUUGCGGGCUCAGGGUGAUCUCUCCGAGUGUGUUUCGACACACUCCUGCCCUUCAAGUUCUCGAUAUAUCCUCCAAUGAACUAACAAUCAUUCCCGAUAUCUCACUGCCACAACUGACCGUGUUGGAUUUAUCCGAUAAUCUCUACGAGGCCUAUCAGAUGCCGGAUUGUUUUCGAAACCUUACAAAUCUACAAGUGCUGUCAUUAGGAAGCAAAGCGGCUCUGUCAGUGAAUUUAAAUGACUUCAAACCUAUGACGGACAUCCCCUUGGAGCAUUUGGUUCUGGGUGCAGGAGUUCCAUGGCAAAAGUAUGAAUCGGGAGCGCUUGGGGUGUUGUCCCUGCAGAAGUUGUCGCUUUUCACUAACUUCUGUGGGAAUUUGAGUUUGUUUGACAGCCUUCUGGAGGAUCUGAAUUUAACAGAGGCGAGUGCCUUAAGGGUUGUGACUUUGUUUUCGGAUGACUGCAAUGUCACUGAUGACCCCUUCGAGAACCUGAGAUCAAUGCCCUAUGUUCGAAACCUCACCAUAGAAAACACCUGGAUAAACAGCUCGUUCAUGGAGAUAUUCUUAAAGAACCUUUGGCUGUCUUCAAUUGAGAAUCUCUCCUUUGUCAACGUCACGUACAACGAAGAUACGCCUGAUGGGUUUCAGUUUCACCCGCUCAAUCACAGCAUUAGUCUUCGCUCUAUAACUUUUGAUAAAGUGAAUCAUUAUCAAUACAAGUAUCCUACACUCAACACAAGCUUCAAGUACGCUUCAAAUCUGAACUAUGUGAAAUUUUCUAGGACCGGAAUGAACAUUUUACCCUGUAAAGUCUUAUCUGUCAUGCCAAUAUUGGAGACCUUGGACGUGUCAGACAACCUCCUGACUGAUUUGGGUUUCUGGUGGCCUCCGUGCUCCAACGCUUCAGUUUUUCCCAAACUGAAGCACCUGUUGUUGAACAAGAACCGUUUCAGCAGUUUGUCCUUCAUCUCGGGACAGACGCAUGAAAUGAAACAGCUGGAGUCCUUGGAUUUGAGCUUCAAUUCCAUAUACUUGGACGUCAGCUGCAAAUGGCCCGCUCACUUGAUUGAGCUCAAUCUCGGGAAUAACAAUCUGGGCAACAAAGUUUUUCAGUACCUGUCACCACAUUUCCAGCGAAUUUACUUGUCAAAAACGGGAAUAACUGCCAUUACCCAAGAGGACCUGUCUCGGUUUCCCAAACUGACACACCUCCAUCUCAGUGCUAACAGCAUCCAAGUGCUCCCAGAACUACUCGAUGCCCCAAACCUUAUCAGUUUCUACAUGGACCAGAACACGAUCUCAAGUCUUUCUCGGUAUGUCUUUGCGGGAUUUCCGAAGCUUCAGCUCCUCCAAGCUGGGAACAAUCCCUUCGUAUGCUCAUGUGACCUCCACUGGUUCCUCAAAGACUUUAACAAGUCUUUGCUCUUGGACUGGCCCUUGCACUAUUCAUGCAGCACGCCGAAACAGUUAAAGGGCCUGCCAUUGUCCGAGUAUAAAACCAGUGUGAUCUCGUGCGAAAUAUGGCUCCAAACAACAGUGGCAUUCUCGGUCUUCCUGUUCGUCGCAACAACCUUGGGCCUGCUUUUCUACAAACUGGAUGGUGCGUGGUACACAAAGAUGUUGUGGGUGUGGAUUCGGGUGAAGAGGAGAGGCAAGAAGCGCUCGCAUUUGCUGAAGAAUACGUCAUUUUCUUACCACGCGUUCAUCUCCUACAGUCAUCAGGAUGCCAAGUUUGUGAUCAGCAAACUGGUCCCGUCCUUGGAAAGCGUUGGGAUUUCACUGUGUGUUCACGAACGUGAUUUUGUGCCUGGUGAAUUCAUCAUUGACAACAUCAUCAACUGCGUGGAGUCCAGCUACAAAACCCUCUUCCUCCUCUCCAAACAUUUCGUCCAGAGCGAAUGGUGCAACUACGAGCUGUUCUUUGCCCAGCACAGAGCCAUCAACAUCCAAGAGGACUCUUUGGUGUUCAUCCUUUUGGAGCCCAUCCCCACCGACUGCCUGCCCAAAAAGUACUUGCGACUGAGAACUUUGCUCCAGCAGCAGACGUACCUGGAGUGGCCGAAGGAGGAGCGCAAGCAGCAAGUCUUUUGGGCGAGUCUUAAAUCCAUGCUGCGUACGGCAGACAAAUCUGUGGUUUUGAGGGGGGUGGCUGUGGAUCUUGCAGAUUCAGCAACACUACUUACUAAUCAGACUUAACAUACCUUAGGGUUCCAAUGUGGAUGACCACAAUUCUGUAAUUCUGCAAUUCUGUAUUUGGACAGCCAUAAUUGAGUAAAAGUCUAAAUUUUGAGCUGUUCCACUUUAACGCACGGGGGCACGUUGUUGAAAUGGGCUUUUCAAGUUUCUUGACAAAAGCAGGUCACAAACCGCUGGGAACUGUUGUAAAUUCCAGGAAAUGAAUUCAUAAUCCACUUCAUAAUUUGUAAAUGGUUUUCAACCCGGUUCGAAUGAAGCUGUUGUAUAUCUGCUCUUCAAAUAACAAUCGCCUUCUUGGCUUAUGAAUAAUUCUUAUACAUGUUUUGUUUUGUACAAAGUGAAGUCAAAAGGUCUACAUGAGAAUGAUACAAUAGAUUCCAGUCCGUUUCAUUUGAGGAAAUCAAAGAAAUAAUGAUUGAGGACUACCGGUUGAAAUCAUUUUCCUGUUUAUGUUCAAGUGUAAACUGUCGACAAUACUUCAAAACGGGACUUCACUGCAUCGUUUUCAUGCUCUUUGAGCUUCAGUACCUUUGUUUAAUGUUUGCCUUUCCCUCUGACUUUUGCUACCAAUUAUUCUGUGUUUUGUUUGCGCGUUCUUUGGUGAGGAUUUUUAUUUCCCAAAGGUGAUGACCAAACGCUGACAAAAAGAAGCGUUGACUCAUUUUACAGUUUGUGGAAGUUAUGAACUCCCCCCAAAUUCGUGAAGGCCCCGGUAUCACGACAUGACAUAAAUAUAUCUCGAGUUAUUUUAGUGUGUGAGAAUAUUUGUGCAAGCUGAACAUUUGAAAGGAAAGUUUUGGUUUGGUUCGCUCCUUACAGUGUUUUAUAAAAGCAAUGUCGGCAAUUAUCUGUGAAAGUAAUGCUUUUCUAUUUUGGAAGUGGUUGUCAGUUUGUGCGGACUAAAAGAUUUUGUGCAUUGUUUAAAAUGAAAAAAAAAAAAAAAAAAAUAAAACUCCUCAUUUCAGAAGCAGCUCAAUGGUGGAUUUAUAAAACACAUGACUUUCUUUGUGUACGAAACUUCCAGAUGUGGGCAUUGUUGCCCCAAAAAUGUAUCGAACUGAGAACACUGUUACUUUGGAAUAGUCCAAGUCAAGUAAAAGUGCAAAGUAGUCCACCAAAUAUUUGCUCGACUUCUAGAAAGUAUUAAAUUAAAAACUACGGGUUCUGAAUAUUACAUUUUUUUUUCUUCACUGUGAUUUUUCGGCUAAUUAUUCCAUAUAAUCUUUUGAUUGUUUCUGAUUUUUGUGUGUGUAGUUUUUCAGUUUCUUUUCCUCAAUGGCUUGACCAAACACUGACAAAAAU